CCUAGUUAGUGAACCACUCAACUGCAACAGAAAAAAAAAAAGCUUUGUUUCGGUAGUUUGGCGGCGAUGGCGUCCGGGCAGGAGAGCAGGCAGGAGCGGGACCGCAAGGCCCGCGAGGGCGAGACCGUCGUCCCCGGCGGCACCGGCGGCAAGAGCCUCGAGGCCCAGGAGCACCUAGCCGAAGGGCGCAGCCGCGGGGGCCAGACGCGGAGGGAGCAGCUGGGGCAGGAGGGGUACAGCGAGAUGGGGAAGAAGGGCGGGCUGAGCUCCAACGACGCGUCCGGCGGUGAGCGCGCCGCCGCGGAGGGCGUCGACAUCGACGAGUCCAAGUUCACCACCAAGUCCUAGACGCUCGCCGGACGCGAGCUAUGUAGCUGGGCUUGCAGUCAGUUUGUCGUAGAUUAUUAGGCAGGUCGAUCAGGUGUGUACUGAAUAAUGUAGCGCGUGCAUGACAGCACGCAUGUAAGGCGAUCAUGUAUGCAGAGUGUGUGUAUGAUCGUGUAUGCCGUAUGCGUCCAGCAGGGUCGAGGAAGGUGCUAAUCGGUGUGUCGUCGAAGUGGCACUGUGGCAGGGCUUAGCUUGUUGCUUAAUCCAGGCUUUGUCCUUUAGUAUAGCCUGUUUUGGCAUGCCUGUUUUGUUGCCAAUUGCCAUGCGUCUCUGGUAAGACGUGUCAUGGUUCAGCAGCAGCUGCCAGCCGAUGUGCCUUGAGUCCAAAAGAGCACCCACCCAGUGUUGUGCGUUGU